UGUUGUUUGUUUUACACCUUGUCUGGACUCAAUAAACUUUAUUUAUACAAAGUGGUUCAGUGUCUGUGUACGUGGGGUUCACUGUCAGAUCCAGACUCUGAUCUUGAGGUAGAUGCAGAUCUGGAUCCAGAUGAUAAUCGCGAUGUAGAUGUCUCGUACCAGUGCCGUGUUUCCCUCCGUAGUGGAUCCUGAGACUAAUCUAGAACCAGUUUCCUCUUGUGAACAUAUGUGACAUCAGCCAUGGACCUGAGCGCUUUGUCCACACACUUUUGUGCGCGUAGAGACACACUUUUUGUGAUGUGUGUUGAGGUCGUCAUGGGGAAGUGAAGCUGAGGGGGCGGCGUCCUGUGGCUCGGCCACAGACGGUGUCUCUGUCAGUCGUCCUGGAGACAACAUGAGGAUACUGACUGUGUCUCUGCUGCUGAGUGUGUCUCCGCUCCUGGAGUUUGGACCGACUGUCUCUGCAGUCUCUCUGAGUGUCCGUCCAAACCUCCAGCAGUUCCUCAGUGGAGACGCCGUUUAUCUGAGCUGUGAUGAAGGUGGACGAACAGUGAGGACGACAGUAGAGAGACAGACAGCGAAGAGGUCAGCGGAGACGGGUCAGUGUUGGAAAUAUAUUGGUCGUUCCUGCUUCAUCUCAGGCCUGUCUCCGUCAGACUCUGGACUGUACUGGUGUGAGACCAGUGAUGGACAGAGAAGUGAGCAGAUCAACAUCACAGUUCAGUCAGACCGACCUUUAAAACUUGAGAUCCCUGCACUUCCUGUGACGGCAGGAAGUGAGGUCACGUUGCGCUGUAGAACCAAAGAUGGCUCCACACCUGCGGCGUAUUUCUUCAGGAACAAUGUCCAUGUCAGAGACAAAGCAGCAGCCGAGCAGUUGACGCUCAGUAAAGUCCAACAGUCUGAUGAAGGUUUCUACUCGUGUUCUACUGACAUGCUGGGGUCGUCUCCUCAGAGCUGGCUCAGGGUCAAAGGCCCCUCCCCCACAACUGCCCCUCCCUCUGUUCCCCCUGCCCCUCCCACUUUAAUGUCUUCCCCUCCCCCUUUUCGCCUUCCUGUCUCUGGGUUCAGACUCUUGUGCCACCUGGUGGUCGUCGGUCUUUUCUGCAUCAGCAGCGUCCUGAUGGUGUUGAGGUGCUGCAGCAGGAAGAGAGGAAAUAAAUUGACGGUUGAAGAGAGGAAUGACAUCACUGGUGACAUCAUCACGGAGCACAACCUCUGACUGUUACGCUGAAUUAUAAAAUUAUUAUUUCCUUUCAUAUCAAUUUUUCAUUGUCAACUGUUGCUUUGUUAGCAUCACAGACACUAUUUCCUGUAGCCCGAGCAGCUACGACAUGAUCAUUUGUUUUUGUUGUCAGCUGACUUUUAAUCGAUGCUUCAAUUCAGGUAUUUUAAUAAACGGAUUUAAAUGUGAAUCAUCAGAUUGAAACCUGAGUCAUUAGCACUGAACCCCAGUUUAAGUUUCAGUCUUCUGUAAUAAACUUGAGUUUAAUCCUUUGAGUCUUCAUUAUUAAACCUGAUUUUAAGUCAACAUUAUUAA